ACAGCAAACACGAUCAAUUGCCGCCCUCAAGAGGAAAUCUCAACUCAAGUUGUCGAAAUGGAGCGAUGCGAAAGCCGGCGAAGAAGGCGAAGACGACGGAAAAAAGCUGCACUUUGUGAGUCCGGCACGCCGGAAAUCGGUGCUGGCCCCCAUUCUCAAUAAGAUCAAGAAUGGCGCUGAUGCGGCGGACAGUGCCGAGAAGAAACUGGGUAGCGAGAGCAGCGGCAGUGGUCACAUAGCGGUCCAGAUUGAGCCAGCCAGGCGGGUGAAGCGUCACAGCAUCCACGGCAUGAUGGAGGAGGAGAAUACGAUCCGGCCGCAUCAGGAGAUCCGCCAGCUGACGCUGGAGGAGAAGAAGUUCCUGCUGGCCGUGGAGAGGGGCGAUAUGGCCGGCACUCGCAGGAUGCUGCAGAAGGCCCAGGACACGGAGUACAUCAAUGUGAACUGCGUGGAUCCGUUGGGGCGAACCGCCCUGCUGAUGGCCAUUGACAACGAGAAUCUGGAGAUGGUGGAGCUGCUGAUUAACUACAAUGUGGACACGAAGGAUGCGCUGCUGCAUUCCAUCUCGGAGGAAUUCGUUGAGGCUGUGGAGGUGCUGCUGGACCACGAAAACGUGACCUUUCACAGCGAGGGCAAUCAUAGCUGGGAGUCCGCCUCGGAGGAUACUUCGACCUUCACGCCGGACAUUACGCCGCUGAUCCUGGCCGCUCACCGCGACAACUAUGAGAUCAUCAAGAUCCUUUUAGAUCGGGGAGCCGUACUGCCCAUGCCUCACGAUGUGCGAUGUGGUUGUGAUGAGUGCGUUCAGUCCCGUCAGGAGGAUUCGCUCCGCCACUCGAGAUCCCGCAUCAACGCCUAUCGGGCCCUGGCCAGUCCCAGUUUGAUAGCACUCUCCUCCAAGGAUCCCAUCCUCACGGCCUUCGAGCUGUCCUGGGAGCUGCGCCGGCUAAGCUUUCUCGAGCACGAAUUUAAGAACGAGUACCAGGAGCUGCGCAAGCAGUGCCAGGACUUCGCCACCGCCCUGCUGGACCACACUCGCACCUCCCACGAGCUGGAGAUCCUGCUCAACCAUGAUCCCACCGGUCCAGUUUACGAGCACGGCGAACGGAUGCAUUUAAACCGCCUCAAACUGGCCAUUAAACUGCGACAGAAAAAGUUUGUGGCCCAUUCGAAUGUGCAGCAACUGCUGGCGAGCAUUUGGUACGAGGGUCUGCCCGGUUUCCGAAGGAAGAACAUGGCCCUGCAAGCGGUCGACAUUAUCCGGAUCGGCAUCAUGUUCCCCAUCUUCUCGCUGGCCUACAUCCUGGCUCCCUACUCCAGUAUUGGCCAAACGAUGCGCAAGCCGUUCAUCAAGUUCAUCUGCCACAGCGCCUCCUACUUCACCUUUUUGUUUCUUUUGAUGCUGGCUUCGCAGAGAAUAGAGACCUUCAUUGGCGGCUGGUUCUUUGCGGACUCCUCGGGAAUGCUCAACAAGGUGGAGGAGCUGCCCACGAAGCGAGGGGCCAAGCCGACCUUCAUCGAGUGGCUAAUCCUGGCCUGGGUCAGUGGACUCAUCUGGAGCGAGGUUAAGCAGCUGUGGGACGUUGGUCUGCAGGAGUAUCUCAAUGACAUGUGGAAUGUGAUCGACUUUGUAACGAACUCCUUGUACGUGGCCACGGUGGCUCUGCGGGUGGUGUCCUUUUUUCAGGUCCAAAAGGAGAUGAUAUACAACUCGCAUGCCACGGACCUGCCGAGGGAGCGAUGGGACGCCUGGGAUCCGAUGCUAAUUUCGGAGGGCCUUUUCAGUGCAGCGAACAUUUUCAGUAGCCUCAAGCUGGUUUAUAUAUUCUCGGUGAAUCCGCAUCUGGGGCCACUGCAGGUGUCGCUGUCCCGGAUGGUAAUGGACAUCAUGAAGUUCUUCUUUCUAUAUGUCCUGGUCCUGUUCGCUUUUGGCAGUGGUCUCAAUCAGUUGUUGUGGUACUAUGCUGAUCUGGAAAAGAAGCGUUGUCCUGAGGUUUCUCCCAUGAGUGCUCUUCUAAACAUGAAUGGAACCAAUGAUCCAAAUGCGUGUAUAGUGUGGCGUAGGUUCUCUAAUUUAUUUGAGACCACACAAACCCUUUUCUGGGCUGUCUUUGGCCUAAUUGACUUGGACAGCUUUGAGUUGGAUGGCAUUAAGAUCUUCACCAGAUUCUGGGGCAUGCUGAUGUUUGGCACCUACUCAGUUAUCAAUAUUGUGGUGCUGCUCAAUCUGCUCAUAGCCAUGAUGAAUCAUUCGUACCAACUAAUUUCGGAACGUGCUGAUGUGGAGUGGAAGUUUGCUCGGUCCAAACUGUGGAUUAGCUAUUUCGAGGAGGGCGGAACCUGUCCACCGCCAUUCAAUAUUAUACCCACUCCAAAGUCCAUUUGGUAUGCCAUUAAAUGGAUGCGUCGGGUCUUCUGCAGUGGAUCCUCGGCCGCUCGAAGGGAACAUCUCAAGACGAUAAGGCGAAAGGCCCAGCAGGCGAGUGAUCGGGACUUCAAGUACCAGCAGAUAAUGCGAAAUCUGGUCAGGCGGUAUGUGACUGUGGAGCAGCGGAAGGCCGAGUCGCAGGGCGUGACCGAGGACGAUGUGAACGAGAUCAAGCAGGACAUUUCCGCCUUCCGGUGCGAACUGGUGGAAAUACUCAAGAACAGCGGCAUGGACACGAAUGUGACGGCGGGUCAAGGAGGAGGUGGUGGCAAGAAGAACCGCCAGAAGGAGCGUCGCCUGAUGAAGGGCUUCAAUAUCGCACCGCCUGGCUCGACGGGAUCUUUGGCACCCGUGGCCGAGUUCUCCACCUCGCUGGACAACUAUGACAACCAGCACGAGAUCCUCAGCUCCACACUGUCCACCCUCUUCACGCCGAACUUUAUGCACAAGCGCCAGCAGAGUCAGGCCGGAAGUGGAGGCGGUGGAUCGGAGUCACCGACCACGCCCACCGCCUGCCAGGGAACUCAGGGGGCGGCAAUGGCCUCCAGCAGCCAGGUCACCAAGUACAAUAAGUCCGCUUUGAAGCCGUACAACAAGCGCAUUGCGGGUCAUAAAAAAAGAUGGGGCACCUUGAUAGAAGCCGCCAAGGUUGGCAACGUGAGCAAAAUGCUGGGCCGUUCGAAGUCGGAGGACUCGGUGUGCAACUCCUCGCACACAGCCACCCCAGUUCAUGGCCAGAUGCGGGUCACCUAUGCCCAGAAUUCACCCCAGCAGGGAUACGGAUACCAUGGCGAGACCACCAGUUCCACAACAACAUCAAAUACACCAACUCCAACGAUUUCGGUGGUCAGCAAUUCGCCAGCAGCCCAUGCGGGAGUGGGUUCGCACUUCUUUCACACGACAAGCGGUCUCACUGCCAUUGCCGCUUUGAAGCGGAAGCGCAAAAAGUUCUCAUCGAGCAAGAAUAUUUGCCCCGUUACCGAAUCCGUGGCAGCGGCCAAUGCAGCUGAGUUACUUAAUGAUAAGACCCUGAAACGGGUGUCCAGCUAUCCGGCAGCAGAGGCCGGUGUGCAGCACAAAGAUCCGGCCCAGUUGGUGAAACCACGGCGGCAUGAGCAAACCCAGAGCCAACACGACUCGGUGGAGACCAAUUCUACCUUCACGCUGUCCAUCGAUCCAUCCAAUACGUCCGUGAACUCCAGGGAACCUCUGAUCAGCACCAGUUGUGUUUCUACCACGGGUGCUAUUGGCUGA